CCCACUGAAUUAGGCAGCUCUGCUGGAGGCAAACGCCCAUUAUCAAGCUCUCCCAGCCCCCUGCUCUACAGCAAUGCCUUCAGCCUCGGACACCAACAUGAGGUUCAAGUUCUCCAUCCUAGCACUCCUUCUGGAAGUGAUCACCAUUGUUUUGUUUGGGAUAUUUGUGGAAUAUAAAAUCGGUAGUGACUUUGACGCCUUAUACCCACAUUUUCAGGAUGUCCACGUGAUGAUAUUUGUUGGAUUUGGUUUCCUGAUGACCUUCCUGAAGAAAUAUGGAUUCAGCAGCGUUGGCAUCAACAUGCUCAUUGCUGCAUUCGGUCUCCAGUGGGGAACCCUGAUGCAAGGAUUUUGGCACAUGCAUGGAGGGAAAAUCCAAACUGAUGUCAGAAGCAUGAUAAAUGCAGACUUCAGUACAGCAACUGCUUUGAUUUCAUUUGGAGCAGUUCUGGGGAAAACAACUCCCAUUCAGAUGCUGAUCCUGACAAUUCUGGAGAUCACCAUCUUUGCAUGCAAUGAACAUCUAGUUGCCGAAGUACUUCAGGCCACAGAUGUUGGAGCUUCAAUGACUAUUCAUGCUUUUGGAGCUUAUUUUGGUUUGGCUGUAACCUUAGUGUUGUAUCGUCCUGGUCUGAAAAACAAACAUGAAAAUGAUGAAUCCACCUAUCACUCAGACAUGUUUGCCAUGAUUGGUACCCUGUUCCUUUGGCUGUUUUGGCCCAGUUUUAACUCUGCCAUUGCAAGUGGGGAAGACAUGACAACAGCAAUUAUCAACACUUACUAUUCCUUGGCUGCAAGUACCAUCGUAACAUUUGCCCUCUCUAGCUUGGUGGACAAAAGAGGCAAAUUCAGUAUGGUUCUCAUUCAAAAUGCCACCCUGGCAGGAGGAGUAGCAGUGGGUACCUGUGCUGACCUACGCAUUUACCCUUUUGGUGCCAUGUGCAUUGGGAUCCUUGCUGGAAUUGUCUCUGUCCUUGGGUUCCGCUUCCUGACUCCUCUGUUGGAAUCCAAGCUGAACAUUCAAGACACUUGUGGAGUUCAUAAUUUGCAUGGUUUGCCUGGAAUUCUGGGAGGUAUCGCUGGCAUCAUAGUAACCGCAGUAACAGACCAGACAAUGCAUGGUGUCCAGCUAACUCCUGGCAAGCAGGCCGCUGCCCUGGGAAGUACACUUGGAAUUGCACUGGUGGGAGGAGCAUUGACAGGUGCUAUUCUAAAGCUGCCCUUCUGGGGACAAGUCUCUGACCAGAACUGCUUUGAUGACUCUGCUUUUUGGGAGGUUCCAGAAGAGGAGAAAGGACAUGAAAUUCUCUCCAGCAACCGUGACGAGAACAGCAGAUUUGAAGCUGCCAUGUAGAAAAAUAAUUAGUCUGUAAUAUUUGUGCUAAUGAAGCUCUUUUACAUUUCUAAUGCUAAGAAACAACAUCCAAGUAUUUCCCUUACCACCAGAGGGUUUUAAGAAGUAGCUGUAAAUAACUAUAUUUUUGUGAUAUAAAGCAAGCUUGAUUUUAGAGUAUGCAGUCAUUACGCCAAGCCCAGGAGAAUUAAUUAGGUCUUUCUAAUAUAUUUGUUCAUCAUCAAAAUUAUCUAUAUCAAAUUAUCUUUGGUUGCCACUGAGUCAAUAUAGCUAUUGUAACAAAUUUUGGGUUUCAAGAUUUCUCUGGAAUAAUAUAUUUAACUGCAAGAUUUCUGUGUUACAAUCACAUCCUUCAGCUGUGUAGAGGUAAUCAAGAAGAAAUUAAUUGAUAGUUUUUAUUCAGAUUCUAACAAGCUUUUCACCAGAGCAUCCCAUAUUAACUUUUUAAGAAAGUUUGUUGUCUUAUUUUUGGAUGGGGAUGGGGGGGGAAUGGGCUGUAUUUUGAAGAUUGAUUACAACAGGAAACAAAAUGUUGAAGUCAUUCUCACGGCAAAGCACAGAAUACAGCGAUUGAUGAGCUACUCUAAGUGGCAAUAUGAGUAUCAAGAUUGUUAAUAUGUUUAUUGAAAGAGAGAAGAAAGUGAAAUUGUGAAAAAUUUCAUUACAGUCACAGAUUUCUUUAGACUGUUUCAGGGACAAAAUAAGGGAAUUGAGAAUCAGGUAGUUGCAUAAUAUGUCUUAUUACAUUCAGCAGUAAUAAGUGGGUUGUAGCACUGGUAAUGUUAAUAAAUAUGAACUGAAUUAAUGCUAGCUCCAAAAAAGCAUGAGUUGUUAGGAACUGAUUGGAAAGAAACCAUGCCCAACCUACAGAAGACUCAGAGAGGACUUCCAUGUGGUGAGUCACUGACUUUGAAGUCACUGUCUCCUAAAACAAGAGAAAGCAGAAAGAAGAAAAGUGAAGCUAAAUCAGUGUAGAUUAACUCCACCUGAGAAGUGAUGACAGUGGCUGCUCAGCUAAGAGAUAGAAAAAUUGAGGGGGCUGAAGGAACUCUACAAGAUCAGAGUAGCUGGGAGCAGAGUCACACCCCACAUCUGUGCCCAUGUGCAUGGAGUAAUCCAGGGAGAAGCAGUGGAUUGGAAAUCUAGCAGAAGGAACACUUCAGUGCAUUAUUUGGACAUGGAAAGCUAAAACUGAUGUCUCAGAAGAACAAGCUAAAGUGGGUGAACUUCAAAGACUUUAUUUAUAUUAGCAUCUUAUUUCAAGUCUGACUCAUCAGACUAAAGAGAAAAACUCCUCUCAUAUAAAAUAGCACAUAUGUUUUCAGUUGUCCUGAUGUAUUUUUCCUUCAAAAACUUUAGAAAGAUACUUGUCAGGGUUGUCUCAUGUUAUAUCAGCUGUAUACUGCUAUAUAUGCCACAUUUCUACCUAUAGAUGAAAACACAUUUGUUGUAAUACACUUUAGUUCAGAUAUGCUCUUUUGCAGAUGUACAGCAACUGACUCUGUUCUACCUUGUUGGCUAUAAAAUAUGCUUUAUCCUUUCAAAGCUUUCACACAAUCAUAUUUGUAAAAAUGGAGAAGGUAUUUAACAAUGUAAAUAUUGCAUAUGUAGAUAUUUUAGAAGGGGUUUUGUAUAAUUUGCAAAGUAUUGAAGUACUUCAAAAAUAUUUCAUAUGUAGACAGCCUUUAAAAAUCUUAUCUUCAAUACAGGAAUGUCACCCCUCAAAAUCUUGUUUGGGCAUUCAGAGGGUCUUUCAUUAACCUUACAGAGGUGAGGUAAUUUCACUGAUUCUGAGUGUUGUCCACCCAGGAAUGCCUGAGUGAGGAAGUACCACUCACUGUCAGUAAAUCUUUCAGAAUUAUAGAAUCAUUAAGGUUGGAAAAGACCUCCAAGAUCAUCAAGUCCAACCUGGAAUGGAAUAUCACCUUUCCCACUAAAUCAUAUUGUGAAGUGCCGUGUCUACUUGGUUUUAGAACCCUUCCAGGGAUGGUGAGUCCACCACUUCCCUGGGCAGCCUGUUCCAGUGUUUAACCCCUCUUUCAGUGAAGAAUUUUUUCCUAAUAUUCAGGCUGAGCCUUCCGUGACCAAUGAUGCCCUCAACAGUUAUCUUUAGUUUUUAAAACAAAAAGGGGAAAAAUGAACUAUGCAGUUUGGUUCUCCAGUUCUCCUUAUAAUCUUUCCACAGUAAUCCACACCCUCAUCCUUCAAGAACUCAUUAUUGUCCUCUGCCUUUUUU